CAGGGAUACGAUGGCAUGCUUCUGCAGACAGCACAUGACAGGCAGAAUAAAGUCCCCUAUUAUCAUGGGGUAUUUGCGAGCUACAUCGUCAAAAUGCCUAAAUGGGAAGGGUGCCAUGCUGACGAUGACGCACAUGUCAGGUUAAAAAGAAAAAAACGGGGGGGAGGAGAAGCAAUUUCCAGACGUUGUAAGGCAGCCAUGCAGCUAUCUCGUGAUUAUCAAAAUCGCCCAAGAACAUUUAAUGGCAUGUGUAAGACAACAGCGCCAACAGCGACAAUAGAAUACAGCAGCAGUUCCUUCAAAGGUGGAUACUGCAAUUUCAUCGAGCUGCGCCAUCAACGGCCUGGUCCGUUGACUUCGCGGCCUGCUACGUCGUCUCUCGAGGUCGAUAUCCCCACAUAG